AUGUAUGCCAUCGACUUGAGUGGACAGAGUGCCCUGGUAACCGGCGCGUCUCGUGGGAUCGGAGCGGUGAUCGCCCGACGCCUGGCGGAAGCCGGCGCUGCCGUGGCAAUAAAUUAUCGCAGCAGCGGAGCCGAGGCUGAAGCAGUCGUCGACGGCAUCCGCAACGCUGGCGGUCAGGCUAUUCCUGUGCCGGGCGACGUCUCCGAUGAACAUGCCGCCGAGGCGGUGGUUAAAGGAACGGUAGAGCAGCUGGGCCGGCUCGACAUACUGGUGAACAACGCUGGCGUGAAUCGUGACAGACUCCUGAUGCGCAUGACCACCGAAGACUGGGACCAGGUACUUACCGUCAAUCUUCGCGGUACUUUCCUGCCCACGCGCCACGCCGUCCCUUUGAUGGUACGGCAACGUUACGGGCGUAUCGUCAAUAUCUCUUCGGUGGUCGGAUUGUCGGGGAAUCCCGGACAAGCCAACUACGCCGCUUCCAAAGCCGGGCAGAUUGGAUUGGCGAAGGCGGUGGCUCGUGAGGUCGCCAGCCGGAAUAUCACCGUCAACUCGGUCGCCCCCGGUUUUAUCGAAUUUAGCGAUUCCGGCGGUAUGACCGCAGAUUUGACGGACGACCAGCGAGGGCAGAUUCUCAGUCGCAUACCGGCGGGCCGGUUCGGAUCCGCAGACGACGUGGCAUCCGCGGUGCUGUAUCUCGUGAGCUCGGGCGCCAGCUACAUGACCGGGCAGACACUUACCGUUGACGGCGGCCUGAUCGCCUGA